AUGUCAGACGUCGCAAUGUACGAUGAAGAGCUGAAAGCCUUUGAAGAGCAAAUAGGCAGUCUUCUUCGCACACUGGAUUCAGCCACAAACCUUGAUCAUAGACUUGAAAAGUACAAUAAGGCUCAGGAUCUCAUGAAGCGGCUUCACAAAACGUACCACCAAUUCAAGGUCGAGGUGCGUUUGCUGGAGGGAAAUGAACAAGAAGUCUACGAAAGGCGUGGCCAAACGCAUCUUCUUACAAUCACACAAUUAAAAGGAGAGUUGCAGUCGAAAAAAGUGGAAGUUAUGCCCUUAAGUGGUGGGGGGGGAAGAAACACAUGGUCUCCAAACUCCCCAGCCAAUGACGGAAAAGAUGAGGCUCNUUAUGCCCUUAAGUGGUGGGGGGGGAAGAAACACAUGGUCUCCAAACUCCCCAGCCAAUGA